AUGGACGACAAUGAUAACGACAACGACGAAGGAGAAGACCAAGAUGAGGGCGAAGGAGAAGGGGAAGGGGAAGAAGAAGGCGACGACGACGACAACGAUCAAGAUGAUGAGGGCGAUCAAGACGACGAUGAUGAAGGCGACGCAGAUGGAGAACCAGAAUCACCCUCACAAUCGCGACGACAGAGUCGAGUCUCUCCCUCAACAUCACGACCGCCGAACCCUACCGUUAUGCUGACAUCGCCGUCACCACGCCCUUCCGCACACCAAUCGCCGAACAUGCAUCUACCUUGGCCAUCCGUACGGCAGGAAGCCAUCAAUGCUGCCACGUACGAUAUUGUGCCCACCAUGGCAGCACCACAGAGCACUUCGAUCAAUGCCCUCACAGCUACACCAGACAUGCGCUGGGUCUUUAGCGGCGGCUCCGAUGGUUACAUUCGCAUGUACAACUGGGUAGAAACAGCAAACGGAAAAGUGCCCUUGACCGUCGCCCAAAAACACCCCUUUGUUGACAGCGUCAUGAAGGCCGGAAGCUUGACAACAUACUGGGAGAACGAGGAGCAUUCAGUACGUACGCCGCCUGCUCAAUCAGCAGAAGAACCGAAAGACUCGUCACCGGUUUACUCGUUGGCCACACAACACCAAGCGACAUGGCUGCUUUCUGGGCUUGAGUCGGGUGCAAUCAAUCUUCAAACAUGCCGUCACCAAGCAGGCACAAACAUCACAGCAUUGCGCGAACACACUUCUGCAGUCUCGGUUCUGAGUCUCGCUCAAGACGAGUACUCGUUCCUCUCUGGCAGUUGGGACAAGACAAUCCUGGACUGGGAUCUAAACAUGGGCAAAGUCAAGCGCUCGUUCAUCGGCAGUGGAAGUCAAAUCUCAGCACUCGAACGUCGACCCGAAUCAGCAUUACCAGUACCUCGCGUCGCCGAAGACUUGCACGUACCCAGCUCGACCUUUUCAUCCAACAAUGCCGCCAAACCCCUCACUAAUGGCGUCUCUUCCCAAGAAGAAAGAAGAGGAAGUAAAAACAGUCAAAACGGCACAGAAGAUGCCGCAGGCUCGCCAGAUGGCUCCCUAUUCGGCGAUGACAACGGCUCACUCUUUGGUGACGACAACAUUAAUGCCGACAACAACAAUAACAACAAUGCUUUUGACGACGAUGACGAGUUCGCAAAAGCGAUAGCCACAGGUCUGCAGCAGUCAGAACAGGAAGAUACAGAAAUGCUCGAUGCUGGUGGUCCUGUACAGCCACCUCAAGACGACUCUACCGCCCCCGCAGACCCCAUGGACACCACCUCACAACCCCAAGCCGACGCCUCCACUACAGAUCAACCAGACCCUCUAUCAAUGGGCAACCCGCACGCUGAGGAAAUCACCACAAACGGCCACGCCGACACAACAGAAGCCGACCUGCCACAAACUUCGUCAUCAACCUUCCUCGACACCUCCAUCGAUGGCACCCUCCGCAUCUGGGAUCAACGAGUUUCAAACCCCAUUGCUGUUGUCCACCCUUCACCUGGUAUACCUCCCUGGUGCAUGGGCGCCUGUUGGUCAGUUGACGGCAACACUAUCUACGCCGGCAGAAGAAACGGUACCGUUGAAGAAUACUCUCUGCACAAAGGCUUCCAAAUGGGCACUCCCCAGCGCACGUUCAAAUUCCCCGGUGGAAGUGGUCCGGUCAGUGCUGUUAGGGCUAUGCCUAAUGGCCGUCAUUUGAUCUGCAGCAGUGCUUCUUACGAUAUUCUUCGUCUAUACGACCUCCGCGACGUCGAGAACGCGCGCUCGACCGUUCCUUUCCUUAUCGUGCCUGGUCACCGCACAGGCGUUAUUUCCGCUUUGCAUAUCGAUCCGGCAUGUAGAUUCAUGAUCAGUACUGCUGGCAACAGAGGUUGGGAGGGUGCGAGUACGGAAGUCAUGUUGGGGUACGAGAUUGGCUGCGUUAUGCCUUCUUGA